AUGGUCGAAGAGGCAACCAAAAAAGAGAAGAAGGAAGAGAAAACAAUCCAAAAGAAGCCCUUCAUCACUGAGUCUAAAGCCACACCUGCUCCAUUUCCCGAAAUAGUAAAGAGCACGAAGAAAGAACGGGAGGAGAGUGAGAUAAUGCAAAUGUUCAAAAAAGUUCAAAUCAACAUGCCACUCCUCGAGCCCAUCAAGCAGCAACCUAGAUAUGAAAGGUUCCUUAAGUAUCUUUGUGUAUCUAAAAAGAAAUUAAAAGGAAAUCAAGUCCUAAUAGUUGGGGAGCAUGUAUCCGCGGUUUUGAAAAAGAGGAUGCCCCCGAAGUGCAAGGAUCCCGGUGUCUUUACCAUGCCUUUCACAUUGGGGACUGUUUAUGUACCUCGAGCUAUUCUUGAUCUAGGUGCAUCCGUAAAUGUCCUACCAUAUUCUCUUAUCAAAUCAAUUGGUGUAGGAACAUUGAGCAAAACUUGUGUGAUAAUACAACUUGUUGACCAGUCUUUGGUACACCCAAAGGGAGUAUUAGAGGACGUGUUAGUGCAAGUCAAUAAAUUUGUCUUCUCGGCUGAUUUUUAUGUCGUUGAUAUGGGAGAUGAUGAUUCUCCAAGUUCAAGUUCCAUACUUUUGGGUAGACCUCUUCUUAAAACUUCUAAAACAAAAAUUGAUGUCUAUAAUGGAACUUUCAGUACAGAAUUUGACGGUGAAGUUAUCAACUUCAAUGUUCAUGAAGCAAAAAAGGUUCCUUCCGAUGUUCAGUCUGUCAAUCUUGUGAAUUUGAUCCAGCCCACAACUAAAAAGGGCUUAAAUUUGUUAAACAAUGAAUUUCUAGAGUUAGUUUUGUCACAAAAACUAGACAGGGACAAAGCCAAGGAGAUUGCAAAGGAUUAUGAUAUGAAUAAUGAGGUGUUGGAGAUUUUGGAGUUUGUUGAUGACAAGAGGCAUAUGAGGACUGAUGAUGUGAAACCCAAGCCACCUACCACCAAAGCCAAAUUCCUUCCACCAGUGGAACAAGCACAAGAUCCGGGAGCAAAAACUCCACCGAACCCUUUAAAGAAUAUGCAUGUUGAGAAGGAGAGUACUCAACCAGUAAUCAACUCAAAUAAACUAUCUAAGAAGAAAAAGGAGUUGAUAACCCUGCUGAAUAAAUACCAAAAAAAGACUAAGUGGACAAUCUUCGAUAUUAAGGGUUUAAGUCCUUUUCGGUUUGUUUGCAAAAAGAAAUCCAAAAGAAGGUUGAAGGUUCAGUUGAAGGAGGUAGCAAGAAGAUUUAUGUGUUGGAGAGGCUCACAUACUUAG